UAGCGAUACCCUAACAAAAAUUAAGGCAAUGUUUGGUUUGGUGUAACGGCAAAUAUUUUUCAAAGUGCAUGCAAGUUAAAAAAAAACAAUCAAAUUUAUGUAUUUCCGAGGAAAAUCACUUCCAUUUGGCGUUACCAAACACCCACCGGCUGUGAGCAACAGGGAAAGUAAAAAAACGCUGUUACUUUACUAUUUCUACUUCUCGUCGACUAAUCUCUUUCUCUCUCUCAUUUGCUCCUCUCUCUCUCUCUCUAACCGUAAAACCAAACUAUCCCCUCCUCUCUGUCGCCGAUCCCAUCAAAAUGGUUAUCGAAGAUCUUCUCAGCAUCGAGCCUCAAGAGCUCCAAUUCCCUUUUGAAUUAAAGAAGCAGAUCUCGUGUUCUCUACAGUUGCGAAAUAAAAGUGACAAUUAUGUUGCUUUUAAGGUCAAGACAACAAAUCCAAAGAAGUAUUGUGUUAGGCCUAACACAGGAGUUGUGUUGCCAAGGCUUUCCUGUGAUGUUAUUGUCACAAUGCAAGCACAGAAGGAGAUGCCACUCGAUAUGCAAUGCAAGGACAAGUUUUUACUUCAGAGUGUAAUUACAAGUCCUGGAGCUACAGUCAAGGAUAUUACUCCAGAGAUGUUUAAUAAGGAGGCGGGGCAUGAAGUUGAAGAGUGCAAAUUGAGGGUUGUUUAUGUUGCUCCACCUGGACCACCGUCACCGGUGCGUGAAGAAUCAGAGGAAGGUUCUUCUCCUAGAGCUUCCGUGUCAGAUAAUGGGAAUUUUAGCACUUCCGAACAGUCAGCUGUUUCAAGGUCUUAUGUCCAGAGACCACAGCCUGAAGAUAACUCACCUGAGGCAAAGGCUCUCAUUUCCAAGCUGACUGAGGAGAAAAAUUCCGCUGUUCAGCAAAAUAAGCAACUUCAGCAAGAACUGGAGCUGUUGAGGCACCAUUCUAGCAGAAGUCGAGGAGGUAUCCCUUUCAUAUACACCAUUCUUGUUGCCAUGGUAGGCAUCAUUUUGGGAUACCUCAUGAAAAGGACAUGACCAAGUGGAUCUGCCUGUCAAUCCUUCCGCCUCGCGUACCUGGGUUGAAAUGUAGAAUACUGAAGACAUUAGAUGUGUGAUUGAUAGGAUGUUACUCCUUUCUAUUUUAUUGGCUGUAUCAACCCUAGGGAGCACAUGUCAAAUGUGACUGGUGAGAGGGAGCUGCUGUUCCUUUAAUUACCCUCACCAGAAAUUGACAUUAAGGAAUUGAUUGUAAUUGCCGACUCCUAGAUUUCUCGAUUGCGUGACCA